AUUCACCGACUCUCAGUCCACAACAGUCUCUCGGUCAUCAACAGCCUCGGAGUUAAGGUUUUCCACGAUGGGAUUUACUGACCUGCUGGAGAUGGUGGGGAGCACUGGAAGGUUCCAGAUGGUUCACGUCACGUUGCUGGCGCUGCCGGUGUUAAUGAUGGCCAGUCACAACCUGCUCCAGAACUUCGUGGCUGCCGUUCCUGAUCACCGCGCCGUAUCCGUGCGGACGCCCCUCGGCAACGCUUCCCGGCAAAGUCCCGGGAACGUGACGGGCGAAGUGCCGGCCGAGGAGCUGCUCCUGCCGGUGUUCAUCCCCCUGGACAGGGAGGGCCGCCCGGAGAGGUGCCGGCUGUUUGCUGAGCCUCAGUGGCAAUUCCUGGAUCCCAACCGCACCCACGAGGACGGCAGCUCCACCACACGGCCGUGUACGAAUGGAUGGCUGUACAGCCACGGGGACGUCACCAGCACCAUCAUCAGCGAGUGGGACCUGGUGUGUGAUCAGCGAUCUCUGAAACAGAUGUCACAAUCUAUCUACAUGAGCGGAGUAUUGGUGGGAGCCAUCGUAAUGGGCCAAAUGUCUGACAGGUUUGGACGCCGCCCUAUCCUGCUCUGGUCUCACUUACAGCUGGCGAUCACCGGAACCUGUGGCUCCUUCUCCUCGAGCUUCCCCCUGUUCUGUUUCUGGAGGUUCAUGUGCGGAGUGGCUGUGUCUGGACUCAUCCUCAACUCGUUCUCUCUCACGGUUGAAUGGAUUCCAACUAAAGUGCGGACGUCUGUGGCAACGCUGAAUAAUUACAGUUACACGAUUGGGCAGUUCCUCCUGGUUGGCUUGGCGUACGCACUAAGGAAUUGGCGUUGGCUACAGUUCGCAGUGUCCGCCCCCUUCUUCAUCUACUUCCUAUACUCCUGGUGGUUCCCGGAGUCGGCACGAUGGCUGAUAAUGAACGACAAAGCCGAUGUGGCCGUGAACCAGCUGAAGCGAGUGGCCAGGCUGAAUGGCAGGGAGGCCGAGGGCAGCAAACUCACAGCCGCGAUUGUUAAGUCACAUAUGGAAAAAGAACUUUCAAAAUGCAAGACUGGUUACAGUGUGACCGACCUGUUCCACACCCCCGUCAUGCGAAGGACGGCCUGUUGCACGAUGGUAGUUUGGUUCUCAGUGAGUUUCGCCUAUUAUGGAUUAUCCAUAGACCUGCAAGGUUUCGGGGUGAACAUUUAUCUGAUUCAGAUGAUCUUCGCUGCUGUUGAUAUUCCAGCUAAAUUGGUUGGUGUCGCUACCAUGAGUCUGAUUGGGCGACGGUUUACUCAGGGCUCGUCUCUCAUCUUGGCCGGCACCAUUAUCAUCAUCAACAUCUUCAUUCCUCAAGAAAUGAGCAAUUUACGCACCUCAUUCGCUGCGAUUGGGAAAGGAUGUCUUGCAGCUAGUUUCAGCUGCGCCUAUUUACACGCAGGAGAACUGUACCCUACUGUGGUCAGGCAGACAGGGAUGGGGCUGGUCAGUUCGAUGGCCAGGAUUGGAUCCAUGGUGGCCCCGCUGGUGAAGAUGACUGGUGAUUACGUUUCCUUUUUGCCGAUGGCAAUAUACGGUGGAGUUGCCGUCCUCGCUGGGAUUGUGGCCUUUUUCCUCCGGGAAACGUUGAACAUUCCUUUGCCAGAAUCGAUUGAGGGGGUGGAGAGCAGCUGGAAAAAAAAGAUGCAAAAGGAAAGCGAGCCCAAGAAUGAGGAGAUCUCUCUGCGGGAAACACCUCCCCCCUCGCUGAUGACACAGACUAUCUGA